UUUAUCAGAGGUAAAAGAUAUAAAAGAAAGGGAAAAAAAACAAAAAACAAAACGAGAAGAAAGGAGAAUGGGGAGAGGACGAGUUGAGCUGAAGAGGAUCGAGAACAAGAUAAAUCGGCAAGUUACUUUUGCGAAACGAAGGAAUGGACUUCUGAAGAAGGCGUAUGAGCUCUCUGUUCUCUGCGAUGCUGAGGUUGCUCUCAUCAUCUUCUCUAAUCGAGGGAAGCUUUAUGAGUUUUGUAGCAGCUCUAGCAUGCUCAAGACACUUGAACGGUAUCAAAAAUGUAGUUAUGGUACACUGGAAGCCAGCCAACCACCCAAGGAGACACAGAGUAGCUACCAGGAGUAUUUGAAGCUAAAAGCAAAAGUUGAGGUCUUGCAACGAUCUCAGAGAAACCUUCUUGGGGAAGAUUUGGGGCCACUAAAUACAAAGGAGCUUGAGCAGCUUGAGCAUCAACUUGAGAUGUCCUUGAAACAAAUCAGAUCAACAAAGACCCAACUGAUGUUAGAUCAGCUUUCUGACCUUCAACGAAGGGAGCAUGUGCUUCAAGAAGCAAACAGAACCUUAAAAAGGAAGUUGGAUGAAGGCAAUGCAGAAAACCCUUGGGCGUCAAACAUCCAUUACAACCGCCAGCAAUCUCAUUCAGAGGGAUUCUUCCAACCUCUGGAAUGCAAUUCAACACUCCAAAUCGGAUAUAAUCCUAAUGGUCCUGAUCAGAUAACUGUUGCUGCAACUUCAGCCCAAAAUGUCAAUGGGUUCAUUCCAGGAUGGAUGCUUUGAGUUUUCAAGCUAAUGAUCAUGAGUGAAUCACUAUUUUGCUCAAGAAAACAGACCAUUAUAUAUUCUGGUUUGUGCAAGGUGUAAUUAUCUUCUCGAAGUGGAAGAGAAG